AUGAUUGAAUUACCAAGAUUUGAAACAAAUAAUUUACAAAAAAAUAGUACAGCACAUGAAAUUCAUCGAUUAAUUCGUGUAUUAUCAUGUGAAAUUAAAUUUGAUAGUUUAUUAUAUGAACGAAGAUUUGGUAAUGCACAAGGGCAAAGAUGUCAAUGGUUACGUGAAUUAACAAAAGAGAAUGGUGUUCCUUAUAUUAAUUUCACACCUUCGGGUGCUGAAACAAAUACUCAAGUACGUGAACAUGUUAUAAAAAUUUUUCAAAAAUUAUGUCAAGAAAUUUUUAUUAAAUUUUGUUUGAAAUAUUUUCCAUAUGGAAAUCAUUUUUCUGAUCUUGAUGUAUUUAUUGUUAGUCAUGGAUGUAUUAUACGUGAAUUAAUUAAAUAUUUUGCAUAUGCUUUACAAACAGAUAUAGGACAAUAUUUAGAUACGAUACAAGAACUAAUACCAAAUACAUCAAUAACACGUAUUGAAGUAACAUAUUCAACAAAUGAACAAUUAAUACCAACAAUAACACUUGUACUUAUUGAUUAUCAUAAUAAAACUCAUUUAAUUAAUACAAAUAAUGAAGAAUUUAAUUUAGACACGACGAACAAAUAUAGUUUGCAAUUAUAUAAACUCUUUAUUUUCGACAUUCAUAUUUAUCACAAUAACAGAUAUAUUUUGAUCAUUAUGCUUUUUUUUCGACGUCGUGAUACACUAAGUCAAUCAAAUUUGACUGAUCAAGAACGAUGUAUUCAUGCAUGUCUUUUCUUUGCAUUUAUAUUCGUUAUUCUUACAGCUGUUUUAUUUUAUUUUGCAACAACAUCUAAAGGUACAGAAGAACCACGUACAUAUUAUUAUCUAGGAGCUGGUAUUUGUCUUGGUUUUCUUUUAUUAAUUAUAUUAUGCACAAUUAUUUAUGUUCGACGAUUUUAUGGUGUUUCUGUAUCUUCAACACAUCAUCAAGGAAUAACAUCUGAAUUAGAACAUGACAAUUCAAAAUAUUCAAAUAAUGAUGUGUGA